GAGGGAAAUUUACGCCGGAAGGGGUUGCGCUUUGUUUGGACCAGAUGAGGUCGCAGUGAGGGUGAGUGCGUGGGAGGGUGAGGGGAUUGGUAGUCUGGCCUUCGCUCCCCUUGUUCCGGCUUGGGUUUCCAGUGUCCCCCACAUUGCCUAUGGAAUGAAUGCCCCCAAGCUGCAAGACCCCGCUCCUGGAGUUCCUUAGGUCCCGCCCCUGCACUUCCCCUCCCUGGGCCUCCCGCGGGACCACUCAGCUCCCUUUCUUUUUUGUGGUAGGCUUUCUUCCUCCACCUCAUCCAACCAACCUGAUCUCCUGGGGACAAACUGGGGCCUGUCUCGGUCCUUUUCCUCUCAGGAAGUCUUUUAGGGCUGUUUGCUCUUUAAGGUUUACGGGGUGCCGUAAAGUUUCAGAUGGGGUUUGUGUAGUUGGAGAACGGAACACCAGAUGAGUUAUGAAGGAACUGACAUCGCGGAUGAGCUACAUCACGUUGUCACUACUCUGAUCGGAAUACAUCCUCGCCGCUGAAGCCAAAGAGCUUUGGGGGACAAAUCAAGUCUGAGUCCUUACCAUAACCCUGGCAUGACUUUGAAUGUUUUGUAUCACAAAGCCUUCACAGGGCUAUGAAAAAAUGCCUGACCGUGACAAUACCUAUAAUGGCAGUGGUAGUGGAAGUGAUGAGGCAAGUGCCAACUCCGAUGACAUCUGCCGGGAUUUCCUGCGUAAUGUUUGCAAGCGGGGCAAACGCUGUCGUUUUCGUCACCCUGACAUCAAUGAGGUCACCAACUUGGGAGUUAGCAAGAAUGAGUUCAUCUUCUGCCAUGACUUCCAGAACAAGGAAUGUGUCCGCAUCAACUGCCGCUUCAUCCAUGGCACCAAGGAGGAUGAAGACUGCUACAAAAAGACUGGGGAGCUACCCCCACGUCUUCGCCAGAAAGUAGCAGCUGGGCUUGGCCUUUCCCCAGCUGAUCUCCCCAACAGCAAAGAGGAAGUACCCAUUUGUAGGGACUUUCUCAAGGGGGAUUGCCAGCGUGGGGCCAAAUGUAGAUUUCAGCACCUGCAGCGGGAUUAUGAAUACGAUGCCCGGGGGCUGGCCACCCGGGAGCAGGGCAUCACCACUCCUGUACGUCGAUAUGAUCCCUAUGAUCCCAUGUAUGACUCUGACCGAUGCUAUGAUGACCAUGACCCGGUGCUCAAACGGCGGCGGGUAGAUGGGCUCCACUUUGAGACUUAUGAGUAUAACUUCACCAGUCCACGUACAGUGGAAUACCGGCUCCUGGAAGAGGAGAAUAUCAUGCUCCGCAAACGUGUAGAGGAUCUCAAGAAGCAGGUCAACAACCUUCUAGCCACCAAUGAGGUUCUCUUGGAACAGAAUGCCCAGUUCCGCAACCAGGCCAAGGUGAUGACUCUCAGCUCCACAGCUACAGCCACUGAGCAGACUCUGGCACCCACUGUGGGCACCGUCACCAAUUAUAAUCACAGCAUUGCCCAGACUCACACUACCCUGAGCAGCCAAGCUCUGCAGCCGCGGCCUGUGUCCCAGCAGGAUUUGGUGGCUCCAGCUGGAGCUCAGGCAGCACCCCCUAGCAAUGCAGCACCUCCUAUGAAUCCGGAAAUCACCCCACUCUCAGCAGCUCUGGCUCAGACCAUUGCCCAGGGGAUGGCUCCACCCGUCUCCAUGGCACCUGUGGCUGUAUCAGUAGCACCUGUGGCUGUGUCAAUGGCUCAGCCACUGGGGGGGAUCACCAUGAGCCAUGCCACUACACCGAUGGUGACAUACCCCAUAGCCUCCCAGAGUAUGAGGAUAACAGCUAUGCCCCACUAGCCUACAUUUAAGGGAAGUAUCUUCAUUCAGUCCGUGCUUUCCCUGGGUCACUACUGGGAUCCAUGUCUAUCUUGUUGGAGGUGAUUAACACAAGGAAAAGAGAAUGGAACUGAUUUCAGAUGCUGAUCUGAAAGUCACAGGAAUUCUUAUCUCUACAUAGGGGGAAGGACCAUAGCCUGGGUUGACGAUUUUCCUCAUGCAGGCAUAUGUGGAGCUUACCCCUGAAAUGACCGCAGGGCUCAGGGAUGCUAACAAUGCAAAUUGGAGAGUAUAGUAAUCUUAUAGCCUUUGUGCAUACCUUAUAUCUGUUUUGCAGCUUGUCCAUCCUAAUGUAGUCACCCACCCAAUCCCUUUGAAUUUUGUAGCUGAGCAGAUUGCCCCAUCUUGGAAGCACUGCUUAUGCAUAUGCACAUGGAAUCCAUCCUGUGGUGGUCCAGUGAGAAAAGACAGCUAAAUUCCCCGGUGAUUGCCAAUAAAAUGAAGAGAGGCUUUCCUUUGCCCAGUCAAAGAAAAGAGCAAAGACUCUAAAACAGUACUAGCUCCACAAAAGGCAGUGAUUGUGGCAGCCUGUGUGUUGUAUCUUUGUGCACCUUUUCUUGAUCUAGUAAGGCAGGAAUCUAAAUUCCUGUGUAUAACUUACUUGAGCUUUGUUGGUAUAAUAUACGAUAAACUGGAAAUGGUUUCAGAAAACAAAAUUAAAUCUUGCCAUUCCUUCUGGAUUGAUUAGGAAUGGAAAGUUGAAGUUAUAGCCCUGGAAAGAGCAGGUUCAACUUACGUAUCCUUACCAAAGUUUGGCAAUUUGCAGGGUGGCAGUGGUUGUGGACAUAUAUAAAGAUGGCCUCUUUUAUAUGAAUGCAUCCAGGAUACAGUGACAGGAUGCCUUGCAGCAACCCUAAGGCUUGAGCAGCCUGAUUUCCCAAUUGACGCUUGCAGGGGUACGUGGUGCCUUGCAAACCGAGAAAUUUCUCCCACUGUCUUGUUCUUUCCUCUGCGAAAUGUACUGCUUUCUGCCUGUAUUUCAUGUCUAAAUUGCUGUCAUACCUGAGAACGUUGUUGUAGGGACUCACCUGCCCUACAUCACUUCAUAUUUUGUUAUGGCACACUUUUUUAAAAAACAAGAAAUUUCCCUCAUUGUGUGUUUCUAUUUGGAUUUUUGUUGUUGAUACGAACUCUAGCUCCUCCUUGGGUCUAUGGUAGCGUUUCAUGUUCUUUCAUGGAUUGGGUUUUAUUAGAUUGUUUUAAUGAAAAUGAGGGAAAUGCUUCACGACCCAGCUGUUUCUACAGUUAACAGUGUAAAUGUUUUCCACUAUUAAAACAAAUGUACAGACCUCACAAA